AAAAAACUUAUAUCAAUAAUUAUUUAUUUGUUGGAAGUUAGUAUUUAAAUUCUCAAAAUGAAAAACCAAAUUUUCAACAUCUUUUGCGCUUUAUUCUUUGCUCAAGCCCUUGUUAUUCAGGCCAGACCUAAUGAUCUCCAAGCCAAUGAAGUUCGUGGCAUUCCUGGAGAAAUCUAUGAAGGACUCCUGGAAAUCGUUAAAAAAGGUUUAGAGGAGGCUAUUGCUAAUUUAAAUAAAACCUUUGUGGCAGUAAAUCAAACUAUAUUUGAUUUCGAAGCGAAAGUUUCUGACGAUUUCAAUUUAGCUCUGGACCCUGUCAAUGCUAAGUUGAAUGAAUCAAUUGAAAAUGCUGAAGAACAGGGAAUUAACAUAACCAAAUGCCAAAGCUACAUAGGCUACAUCGCCGAUCUACCCAACGAUCUUAAUAAUGAAAUGUUAUCAUGCAGUAUCGAGAAAUUAUACGACACUACAGAUUACACAAAUGAAGUUUUAGACAAUAUACAUGAGUUCCAAAAGGAUAUAGCCAAUUUAACUAGCAGAAUUAAGGAUUGCGAAGGAAGCUCUUGGACUGAGACAAUAUGUUUGGGACUUUUAACUCCCGAAUUGUUCAAAGACAUCUAUACGGUUCCUAUAGAAAUUGACGCAGAGGUGGAAAAAGCUGUGAAUUUGAUGAAAAAAGUGAUUCCUCAAAUUGGACGGUGUUACUCUGAAUCGUUGGCCCAAGUUCCAAUCAUAGGAAUGGAACUUGUAGACAAAUUUACCUCAUGCACUGGACAAGCACAUAUUAUUUCAACAUGAUUUUAUAAAUUGUUAUUAUUGUUGAAAAACUUUUAGAUCAAAAAUA